AUGAAAGACCCCCGAUCCGCCAAGCGACGCAGGGUAUCCGAUCAGGACCAGCCAGUGGAUUCGGACGGAGACACCGCGAUGCGCGAUGAGCAGGAGAUGUCGCCUACGCCGCGCAAACAGACAACCGGAAAUAAAUCGCUAGGUGAUCCAGCGGAAGGAACAGAAGAGGAGGAUGGGUCACCGAGUACAUCGAGGUCGGCGCGGCGUCGCCGAUUGUCGAAAGCAGGGCAGACUCCGGGCCAGGAAGGGAUGACGAAAACGGGUGGUGAUAAACAGGCGGGUAAUACCCCUUCGAGGACGGGACUGCGGUCGAGUGGACGGCAGCGCAAAGCGCCGCAAAGGUUCGAAGAUGAGGCCAAUAAUCAGACGCCGGUGAGGAGGUCAACAGCCGCCUCUGGACAGACAGGAACUACUUCGAGGAGUGCGCGCAGGACGAGGCCGGUGUUGCAGACUGAAGGGAAUGCUGGGGAGUCGCCGCCGCGAGAGCCGGAGGAGGAAGAAGAAGAAGAAGAAGAAGAAGAAGAAGAAGAAGACGAGGGGAAACGACCGGCUCGGGCUACGAGGACGCGGUCUAAGAGGAAUAUGGUGAGAUUCGAGGAUGCGAAGGAGGAUAUAAGUGGAGCGGUAGCUACGGGCCACGGAUCGCAGCAAUCCCCGCCUGCGGAUGACUACCAGGACGGGCUGGAUGACCUGGUGUCGAUGCAGUUGCAGCAGGACUUGACCUACCAAGAAAGUCAAGGUUCGGAUGAGGUCGCAGCUGCGGCCACCUCGCUACCUAGCUACGCUGAAGCAUUCCGUGCUCUAUCUCAGGCAGGAUUGACGGAUGAACUGCAGACAUUGACCUCGAUUGUCCUGGAGAAGCUAAACGGCAAGCGACGGAUUCCUUUGAAGGGUGUGGAGAAUGAAUACCGAAAAGUGGAACAACUACUGGAGCAGACGGUCAGCGUUGGCGAGGGGAACUCAAUGCUGCUUCUGGGAUCGAGAGGGUCCGGGAAGACGGCGAUAGUCGAGACCAUCAUCGCGUCGUUGAGAAAAGAACACCAGAACGAUUUCCACGUGGUUCGCCUCAACGGAUUCUUGCAUACCGACGAUCGAUUGGCGCUCCGCGAGAUGUGGCGCCAGCUUGGCCGCGAGACCAACACGGAAGACGAGGCUGGGAAAGUGGGCAGCUACGCCGACACUAUGGCGACGCUUCUCGCUCUGUUGUCGCAUCCAGAGGAGCUGUUUGGCUCGCCGGAAAAUGCGGAGACCGUGACGGCGGCCAAGUCCAUUGUCAUCAUUCUGGACGAGUUCGAUCUCUUCGUGACCCACCGGCGCCAAACCCUGCUGUAUAAUUUGUUUGAUAUUGCGCAAGCGCGGAAGGCACCGGUGGCGGUGCUAGGGCUGACGACCAAGGUGGACGUCACCGAGAUGCUCGAAAAACGAGUGAAAAGCCGAUUCAGUCACCGAUACGUCUACGUUCCUCUUCCCCGGACGUUCGACACGUUCUCCGACAUCUGUUAUGCUGGGUUGAACCUGGAGGAGAUCGAAGUAUUGGAGUAUGUGGAGGGGACCGAUGCGGAGAAGCACGCGCUAGUCCAGUCGGAAGGAUGGAGUAGACUACUGGAGGGGUGGAAAGUCUAUCUACAAGGUCUCUGGUGCGACGAGGCUUUCCAAGCUCACCUCCAACGAAUCUAUCACCAAUCAAAGUCCGUCAAAGAGUUCCUGACCAGCGCCCUGAUCGGACUGGGAGAACUGCACUACAGCACGUAUCCCGCCAACAACAACGACACAACACUAUCCCUCCAGAUCCCCACCGCCACCACCUUCAGCAGCCAGAGUCUCUCCUGUCUGGAUCCCGCACCGCUCCCCUUCUCGGCCUCCGCAACCGCCAGCUCCUCCUCGAUGCUCCUCUCGCUCCUUCUCGCCGCCACCCGGCUGGCCGCGCUCUUCGACCCAGGUCUCGAGGCCGGCUCUUCAUUCCCAGCCGGACCCCUCGCGCUCUCCUUCCCCGCCGCGUACGCCGAAUACGUGCGUCUCCUGACGGCGGCGAAGACUUCGGCGUCCGUGUCCGGCGCGGCCGCCACCCCGGGCCGAGUCUGGGGUCGCGACGUGGCGCGCGAGGCGUGGGAGAAGCUCGUGAGCUGGGGCUUGAUCAGUCCCGUGGGCGCGGGCAGCGGGACGGCCGACGGCCGGAUGUUCCGGGUCGAGAUCAGCUUCGAAGAGGUGGUCGCUAUGGCGGGUUCGGGUGGUUCGUUGGGGAAAUGGUGGCGGGAUGGUUGA